AUACGAGCAGCGGCGACUCACGCAAUUUAAAAACCCCAAAAAAAUACAUGACAUACCAUCACCCCCUUCUUUACUCUGUUUUUUGCAUACAUAUUGCUUCCUUAUUUUCCCAACACACCAACUUGUCAUUUCCUCUGUUUCCUUAAAGUAAAACUUCACAGAUCAUCUUAUUCCCCCUCUUUCCUUUUCUCUUGGAAUCAAUUCAUCCACACUUUACUUUCUCCAAACUCUUUCACUCUUGUCUUCCUUACUCGAACCAAAUGUGUUGAUGACCCUCUUAGCAUAUACAGGUUUGCCAAUGGCUUGGAUAAUGGAAUAGGGAAUACUGAAUUGUAAUUGAGAAGAUGAAAGGCGAGCCAGUUGGGCUGAUCAUUGGGGUGUCUAUAGGGGUAGUGAUUGGAGUGCUUUUGGCAAUUUCUGGGUUCUUCUGCAUUAGGUACCAUAGGAAGCGUAUGCAAAUAGGGAACAGCAGUUCUCGGAGGGCAGCAACUCUUCCUAUUCGUGCUAAUGGCGCUGACUGUUGUACAAUGUUGUCAGACUCGACACUUGGUCCAGACUCACCUGUCAAAUCUGGACGGACUGGUGGUUCCUUCUGGCUUGUUGAAGGAUUUAAGAAGAGUAAUGUAGUCGCAAUGUCUGGAAUACCCGAGUAUUCUUACAAGGAUCUGCAGAAAGCAACCUAUAAUUUUACAACAUUGAUAGGGCAAGGUGCAUUUGGUCCUGUGUACAAAGCUCAGAUGUUAACGGGUGAGACUGUUGCUGUUAAGGUGCUUGCAAUGGAUUCUAAGCAAGGGGAGAAAGAAUUUCAGACAGAGGUUAAGUUACUGGGAAGAUUGCAUCACAGGAACCUCGUGAACUUAAUUGGAUACUGUGCAGAAAAAGGCCAACAUAUGCUUAUUUAUGUCUACAUGAGUAAAGGGAGUUUGGCCUCUCAUUUAUAUAAUGAAAAGAAUGAGCCAUUGAGCUGGGAUUUGCGUGUUCAUAUAGCUUUAGAUGUUGCAAGGGGCUUGGAGUAUCUUCAUGAUGGAGCAGUUCCUCCUGUAAUACAUCGGGAUAUCAAAUCCAACAAUAUCCUGUUGGAUGAAUCCAUGAGAGCCAGGGUAGCUGAUUUUGGACUUUCAAGAGAAGAGAUGGUGGACAAACAUGCAGCCAAUAUAAGGGGAACUUUUGGCUAUCUAGAUCCUGAGUAUAUCUCCACAAGAAAUUUUACCAAGAAAAGUGAUGUUUACAGCUUUGGAGUUUUGCUGUUUGAACUCAUAGCUGGAAGAAAUCCUCAACAGGGUCUGAUGGAAUAUGUGGAGCUUGCAGCAAUGAAUACGGAGGGGAAACUUGGCUGGGAGGAAAUCGUGGAUUCCCGUCUUAAUGGGAACUUUGACGUGCAAGAGCUUAAUGAACUGGCAGCCCUUGCAUAUAAAUGUGUUAGCCGGUCCCCAAAAAAGCGGUCUUCCAUGAGAGACAUUGUACAAGUGCUAUCACGAAUGCUCAAAGUGAGGCAUAACAGAAAGCACCAUGUGAAAUCGUUGUCAUCAUUGACCGAUGAAGUUACGAUUGACGUGAACCAACCAGAAACCAAAACUCAAAUGGCUGAACAUCAAAGAGAUGAGUCAAUGGACAGCACAGCCGAUACAUAUGAUUUAUAGGGCAUCAGUUCUUCCAUUUGUUCAUUCGUUCUGGUUCUUGGGUUUUUUGGCUUUGGGUUUUU